AUAACACAUUAUUUUACAUGUUAAUUUCCCCAAAAAAGACAAAAUGCAUGGUUACAACAGCAAAUUUACUAAGAUGUAAAUUGAAGCUAGAAGGUCAGAUAAUAGAACAAGUGAUAGAGUUGAAAUAUCUAGGCAUCACAUUAUCUAGCUACGAAAAGCUCGAAACUGAAGAUGAAGAUCAAGUGAAUAGGGCAAACAGAGCCGCAGGCUGCGUGAAUGAAACAAUAUGGAGAAAUAAAAAUAUCGGGAAAGAAACGAACGGCAAAAUUCACAAAACAGUCAUCAGACCAAUAAUGAUAUACGCGGCAGAAACAAGAACUCGCACAGAGAGGCAAAAAAGGAUUUUAGAAAUAGCAGAGAUAAAAAUUGAUGUAGAGAACAUCAAAAACUGGGUAAGAAAUAAAGGAGUAGAAUGGAACGAUCAUAUAAGCCGAAUAACAACAAAUAGGUAUGAUCAGUAGGAAGACCACGAAAACGAUGAAACGACAACUUACUGAAGGGAGAUUGA